AUGGCGGGCGCAGAGUCGGACCCCGAAGACGCCAUCACUCAUGAUGAGAUUCAAGGGACCGCCGCUACACCAGAAAAGCCGCGGAAUGCUUUCGCAGAGCUCAUGACGCGAAAGCGCAAGCCCGAGCCGAUCUCAGAACCAACCAAAGCUUCUCGCAACAAACCCUCUUACAGAAGCCGCGAUGGCCUUGGCGUGUAUAUCGAAAACCCGUCCUCCUUCCCGGCCUCGCGGGUGAUCUAUCAUAAUGACGAGUUCGUCGCCAUUAAUGACCUCUACCCAAAGGCCAGCGUCCACACGCUUUUGCUCCCUCGAUCCCUCAAGCACAACCUCCUCCAUCCAUUCGACGCCUUCGAGGAACCCGAAUUCCUAGCGGCUGUACAAAGAGAGGCCUUGAAGCUAAAGGACCUUGUGGCCAAGGAGCUACAGCGGCAGUUUGCAAAGGAAAGCAGGGCGGAGGCGGCGCGAGAAGCCGUGCUGGAUGGACGCGCAGAGCCGACAGGCACCGAGCUUCCCAACGGCCGGGAUUGGCACGCGGAAAUCAUUACUGGCGUACAUGCGCAUCCGAGCAUGAACCACCUACACGUCCACGUGCUUUCACGAGACAUGUAUUCGGUGUGCUUGAAGCAUCGCAAGCACUACAACUCCUUCAAUACCCCCUUCCUGAUCGACGUCGCCGACUUCCCGCUUGCGCCAGACGAUCCCAGACGUCACCCCGGCCAUGAGGGCUAUCUCAUGAAAAAAGAUCUUGUUUGCUGGAGGUGCGGUGACAACUUCAAGAACCAAUUUGUGAAGUUGAAGGAACACCUUUCGAUCGAAUUCGCCGAGUGGAAAAAGGAAUGA